AUGUACGGAUCAGUGAUCGGAGCAAAAACUCCUUUUCCGGCGUUAUUCACCAAAAUAUCCAACCGUUUGAAUGCACUGAUCGUACUGUCAAUCAGUCGUUUACAGUCCACGUCUUUACUCACGUCUGCCAACACUUCCAGUGGUUUCAGGCCUUUGGGUGAAACGGCCGCACAUUGUUUGGCCACUUCUGACAAGUUUGGUGGUAUCGGCGCCGUCACUGCUGUCGAGUUCGCCCGAUAUGGGGCUCAAGUGGUGAUCACCGGUCGUAAUGCCGACAACUUGUCAGAAGUGGCCAAACAAUGUGCGGCCGUUUCACCCAAAGGCCUGAAACCACUGGAAGUGUUGGCAGACGUGAGUAAAGACGUGGACUGUAAACGACUGAUUGACAGUACGAUCAGUGCAUUCAAACGGUUGGAUAUUUUGGUGAAUAACGCCGGAAAAGGAGUUUUUGCUCCGAUCACUGAUCCGUCUGUUCUCGACAAAUACCAGGAAGUGAUGGACACAAACCUGCGUUCAGUCGUCUAUUUAACACAUCUAUCGGUCGAACACUUGGAGAAAACUAAAGGCAAUAUAAUUAACAUAUCGAGUGUUGCGGGACUUAAACCGUCCGCCAGAGGGUAUCUGUACUCUAUGUCAAAGUGUGCACUCGAUAUGUUCACCCAAUGUCUAGCACUAGAGUUGGGCCCAAAAGGGAUUCGCGUUAAUGUUAUUAAUCCGGCGGCCGUCAGGACUAACUUCCUUCAAGCCGUGGGCCUAACGAAAGAGCAAUCGGAGGGCUUUUAUAGUAGAUUGAGUGGCCAAUACCCGGUCGGACGGGUCGGUGAGUCCAUAGACAUCGCGAACGCCAUACUCUUCUUGGCCUCAGACGAGGCCUCGUUUGUGACGGGAAUCCAAUUUGUGUCCGACGGCGGGGCUCUCAACGCUCCCUUAUAA